GGGAACAGUGUUUUGUUAAAUAGAAAAAGGCAGUGAGGGUGGCAUAUAUUAUAUAUUAUGAUAAUGUUUUCUGACUCUGAGUGAGGCCAACCCAUAACUCAAAGUGCAACGACAAUUGCACCAGACAAUGUUCACUGUGCAAAUGUGGAGAAGAAGUUGCACCCUGGGCGGUGAAAUUGGUCAUCAGGAUCUGACACCGGACAGAUAGAGACCGUGAGAGUUGAAUGCUAAAUUGUGGGUCUUGUGUGUAUAUAUUUGCCUACUAGGACCUGCUUUUUCUUCAUUAGAGUUUCAUUGUGUUGUGGCCAUGGGGACUUUCAAUCACUAUGUGGUUGUUAAAUUCAAGGAUGGUGUGGCAGUUGAAGAACUCAUUCAAGGGUUGGAGAAAAUGGUCUCUGGGAUUGACCAUGUCAAGUCCUUUGAAUGGGGGAAGGACAUCGAGAGUCAUGAAAUGCUGAGACAAGGUUUCACUCAUGCUUUCUUGAUGACAUUCAAUGGGAAAGAGGAGUGCAACGCAUUUCAGACUCAUCCAAAUCAUGUUGAGUUCUCCGGGAUAUUUUCACCUGCUAUUGAGAAGAUUGUGGUGCUGGAUUUUCCAUCUAAGCUUGUCAAAGCACCAGCAUGAUCCUCAACUUAUUUAAGCAAUGAAAUUUUCUGUCUUUGAAGUGCAUGCAUCUGUGUGUGUACAUUGUAGUCUGUUAUGGUUGUUCCUUCAAGUUCUUGUGCAAUUUCAACUUGAUAAUAAGCACUUUUUUUCCUAAUUAAUGGAAAGUUCUAGCAUUGUUAUUUGUUAA